AUGGAAGACACGCGUGUGCUGUCCCAGGCCCAGGUCAAUCGAUUCUGUCGUCAAUUCUUGCAACUAGAACGAGAUCUUGAUUACCCAGAAGGACCAGUCCUGCGCCAGGAGAGCACACAGAAAGCCAUACACAAGCAACUGUUCUCUCCUGACGGCCCUAGCUACUCUCCGCCUGUCAGGUACCAGCUCAGAGUCCUGAAAGAAUUGGUGCAGAGGGUUGAAUCCAGCAUUGAGGACUGGGACACCCAUGGCGUCUCCGAGGAUUUCAUGGAUGCACUUGCGGAACUGCUCGCCUCUCCCGUUCCUCCAGAGACAUUUGGCGCCCAGCAAAAAUCCUAUGUGACAUAUCAUCUGUCCGAGCUCACACAAACGGCGACUUCACAAGAGGCUGCAAAUUCGGAAAUCACACUUCUGGAGGCCCGAUCUUUGAUCUCGGCCUCUGGCACUACCGGCCUUCGUACGUGGGAGGCAGCGCUUCAUCUGGGCCAGUAUUUUUGCGUCAACCCAGAACUAAUCCGCGGCAAGCGUGUACUUGAGCUCGGCGCCGGUACCGGCUAUCUGGCCAUUUUAUGUGCGAAGCACCUCUGUGCGGCACAGGUUAUUGCCUCUGACGGGUCCGACGAUGUCAUCAACAACUUGCCAGAGUCUUUCUUCCUGAACGACUUGCAAGACAGCCCGAUAAUCACUCCGAUGGAUCUUAAAUGGGGUCACGCACUUGUCGGCACCGAGGACCAACAGUGGAACCAAGGUAUGGCUAUCGAUGUUGUCUUCGGGGCAGACAUUACGUACGAUCAGAGCAUCAUACCACCGUUGAUCGGAACCAUCGAGGAGCUUUUCGGCAUGUUUCCUCAGGUUGAGGUCCUCAUCUCGGCAACGGAACGCAACGAGGCCACUUUCAAUGCUUUUCAAAGUCGUUGCCGUGAUGCAGGGAUGGAGUUGAAUGAGUUGUCCUUCCCGAUAGCCCCGGAAGCCGAGCAGGCCGGCCCGUUCUACAGCGAUGCUGUGCCUAUUCGAAUUUGUAGGAUACGAAAAUCGUGA